AUGUUCACUCCCACCAUCCGCCGUGCCGCGGCUAAGGCCACCUCCUCUGCCUUCGCCCCCAAGAUCGCCAUCCCUCCCAAGAUUGCCGGCUUCACCAUCCCCUCUGCUAUCCAGGCCGGCUCUCUCGCUGCCUCCUUCGGUGUCUUCGCUGGUACCGCUGCUCUCUUCAUGUUCGGCGAGAUUCCCCGUGUGCGCCGUGAUAUCCUGCAGAAGAUUCCCGGUCUGGACUCCUACUAUGACCGUCCCAUCGCCCCCGAGGACAACCCCUUCUAA